AUGUCUAAGUCUUCCUCCUCCUCCUCUUCCACCAAUGUUACUGAGAGCAAACUGGCUAAUACCCCCGCUUCCAAUGAUAACACUGAGCCCAAUUCCGCAUCCUCCCCUUUGAUUAAUGCACAGCCGAUUAAUAAUGAGCCUAUAGCACCGGCCAAUGCAAGGACCUAUCCAUGUCGCAUGUGCCCUAUGGUCUUCUCCACCCCGACGGCCAUGGGCGGCCACCAGAAUGCCCACAAAGCGGAGCGCGCAGCUAAAAAGCAGGCUGAAACUCAGCGUGCCAAUUCGCUUUCCAAGACUGCAUCAUCAGUGGUCAAUCCAUUUUCAGUGCAGUCCACCACAAAGGGGCCAGGAACAUCCUCCCUCGGCAUCAAUUGGAGUCAGGCCAAGAGGCCCAGAAAAGAGGAGUAUGCUUUUCCUGGCUAUCCUCCUGCAUCUGGGGCUCUGGCUCCUCUUCCACCGGUCCCUAGCUAUCCUCCCCUUAGAUCGGCCUCUCAGUAUUUUACUCUUACACCGGUCCCUCCUAGUGGUUCUCUUUCAACCCCUUUGACUCUUUCUGCACCGGCAUCCCAAAAUUUUCCUCCACCAGCCUCUCAGCAGGGCCCUGCAACAAUCGGGAGUGGGAUGUUUUUUGGAGUGCCUGAUUUUUUCGGGCCGGCUGUUGCACCUACUGAUCGUCCAGAUGAGGGCUCAAGCAGGCAUCCUGCUGCACCGGCUGGGCCUGUUGUCGGGGGAUCAAACAGCGGUCCUGCUAUAGAGCAGGACAGGGAGUCCGAGGUUGAAGAAGAGAAUGCCCUGGAUUUGGAUCUUAAGCUCUAG